AACGAAAAAACAAACAAACAUGUUCAAUACAGUGGACUUCAGCGCGUUGGAUUUCCUCUGCACAGUGACAGAGAACGCUGCACAGGCGUCCCUCGAGAUCCAGCGACCUGCUCAGACAGUGCCCAAUUCCGGCUGUGGGCUCCUGAAACCUAAAGUUGAGCAGCCUGAUCCUGAUUUUCUGCUAGACCAAGGUGAAUGCUCUAGCGACGGGCUGCCUCCGUCUCCACUGGGGUAUAUCGGCCGUUUCCACACGGAUGCUGCACCAUGCAGCGCAGACACUCUCCUCAACAUGAUCACGGAAAUCGUCGGCAACUCCACAAAUCCAGACUUCGCGAUCCACCCCGAAGACUUUUCUCCGGCCGCACUAAGUGAGAACUCCCGUGGUAGCGCACUCUUCCGUCAAGAAUCCGUGGGCUCCACGGGGAGCUCCACGCCUUCUCUCGGUUCCCCGGAGCCGUUUUGCAGCGACUCGGCAGAUGACUUUAUGGACGUUGUGAGCCUGCAGCAACCGUUCCCCGUGACUGUUAAGCAGGAAUGGGACAGCAGUUGCCAUGGCUGCGACCUCUUUGAUGAGUUUAACAUGUCAGAAAGCCAGGACGCAGACCUGGAUGACAUAAUCGACCUGCUCUCUCCACUUUGCCCAGAGACGGACUCCGCGGCUGCUUUAGACACUUGGAUAAAACAGGAGCCAUUUUACCUAGAUGAAUGCACGCAAAACAUUCCGAGCCCGUUGAACAACUCGCCUAACUUCACUGCCCAGAUUUCAGCCCCCGCCCCGUCCUCUCUGCACGGAAACACUGUCUAUAGAUCUUUCCCCCACGGCCAAGUGCUUGACCUGGGCUGCUCCUCCACCGCACUGGCGGAUGUGCUGGACUCGCUGCUUUUCUCCAACUCUUUAACGACCAAGAGCCGAUCCCAAACUGCCAAAUCGACAACCAGGAAAGGUGCCGCUCGGGAAAAACCGUUUUGCUGCCCCGUGGAGAGCUGCGAUCGCCGCUUUUCUCGCUCCGACGAAUUGAACCGUCACGUGCGCAUCCACACCGGUCACAAGCCGUUCCAGUGCUGCGUUUGCAUGCGCUGCUUCAGCCGUAGCGACCAUCUCACCACACACAUGCGCACGCACACCGGAGAGAAGCCUUUCUCCUGUGACGUGUGUGGACGUCGCUUCGCGAGAAGCGACGAGAGGAAGAGGCAUGGGCGCGUGCAUCUGAAGCAGCGGGAGAGGAUGCAGCAGAAGACGGGGCUCUUGGCGGCUUGCGCGUUCUCCUUGCCGGGACUUGUGUGAACGCGCACAGCAGUUUCUGACCUGCUAUGAUCACUCGGUGUGAGAAAGCUGAUUGUUAACGUAAAGUACAGUUCACGUGACUGAGCUGGUAAGAGGUUCAAGCAAGGGGGAUGCCUGAAGACGUUUGAAAUGGGGCGAAAUGUGUCGAUCAGCAAACGUUGUGUGACGUUACGAGUAUGAAAUGUGGAAGAAUGUGACUGAACGGGAAAGCGACACAAUUUUCAGCACAUUCUGCACGAUGGACAGAUUCUGUGCUGCCGUUGCUCUGACGAGGUCUUUGCGCUAACAAAUUCAGAAAGAGGUGACUCUGGACACAAGCUGGGCGCUAGUCUUUCGAAUGUCGUACUGUCGUUAAUUAAAUGACCUGCAUGUUUUAUUCACUAUGACAUGAUUGACACCCCUAGACCACGUUGGCAUGCACUUGUGGUUUAUAUCUGUUUAUCAAACUUUCUGCGGUCUCAUUGUUUUAUUUUGAUACCUUGCAGUGUUUUAUCCGCACUGAAGAAGUCUAUAUUUGUAUUUUUUGACUGUAUUUUUCUACGGUUCAUUUUCAGAGGAAAAUAAGAUACAUUAUAUCUUCUUAUAGGUUUUAACAAAUUCUUGUAUUCAACUUUUGACAAUGAAAUAUGCUUGACUGGUUCAUGCGAACCAAAUGCAGAUGAAAACAUCAGCAUAGUAGUUGAGUCGCAGUAGCACACUUAGUUGUGCAUAUAUUUUCGGCUAUUUAUACCAGGAUAGCCAGCGUUGUUUAAAUAGCCUAUUAUUGUCUAUUUGCCUUUUAAAACAAAUGAACACGUUCUUGUGCAAUGCCACGCUGUUUAAAG